AUGGCCGACUAUUUGCAACCCCGAGACCCUAACUUAGAACGCCUCGGCGCAUGUACACAGGAAAUUGAGAAGAUCAGAGAAAUAUGCGAAGCACCGUCUCUCAGCUUUGGGGUCAUCCAUCAAGGACAGGUGAUUCUCAAGCAAAGCAUCGGCCAUCGAGAUGCGAGCAAAAGCCUUCCAGUCGACCCAGAAACUAUCUACAUAAUCGGAUCCUGUUCGAAGAUGUUCCUAGCUGCCGCGCUAGGCAUUCUCGUUGAUGAGGGUAAGAUUCGGUGGCAAGAUCCGAUCCAGAAAUACAUACCCGAGUUCGAUCCGGUAGGAGACCCUCAGAUUGGACAGAAAGCAGAUAUCAUCGAUUGCAUGCGACAUACUACCGGAUUAAAAGAUGCCAUUCGACUCAUCUUGGGCCCUUCGGGCUCCGUCCUGAUCGACGAAGAGAACCACGUGCCAUUGUUGAACCUCAUGUCUACCUCUGGUGCCGAAGGCCAGAGGUUCAAUCGCGAGUGGGAUUAUAACAAUGCUGUGGUGGGACUCCUGGCCUUGGUUGUCCAGCAAGUGACCGGGCAACGCUACGCCGACUUUUGGACUGGUCUGAUCUCAGAAGGAGACGACAAUGUGGCAGACGCCUGCGCUGUCAUGAGCAACGGCACCGUUGUCAAGGCUCUAGAGACGUCCUGGCCUGGAAAGAACUACCCAGCUCUGGUAUCUGCUACCGGCAUGCGGAGCACGCUGAAUGAUCUGCUCACCUGGUGUCUUGCCGUUCUUGCUGCAGAGAGAAGCGAAAGAGAUUCCAACUACGCAGGGCUAUCGCAUAACCCUUUGAAGCAAGUUAAUCGCGUUCGUCGAGGGUAUUGGACACGGCCAGCGGACGACCCCGAGUUCAGCAAGGCUUCCGUGUAUGGCAUGGGAUGGGUAGGAAUGAAACUCCCAUCGUCUAUGCUGGGCGCAUUUGGCGGCAAUCUUCAUUCGCGGGAGAAGGAUCAUCAGGUACAUCUACAGAAUAUCAUGGGAAAAGACUCUCAGCCUGACUCAAUGGUGAUGAUCGGGCACACAGGCGGCGUCAAAGGAAUGGUCACUACUCUAUGGACGUUCCCCGAGACGCAGAGUGCAGUCGUCGCGAUCGCGAAUGCGCGGGACUUCGGCGAUGCAUCGGAUUUUACCGCACAAUUAUUGAUCCAAUCAUUAUUUGAUCUGAAGCCCCGGCUGGAUCUUGUGCCCUGGGCGCUGAAAGAAAGAGAAUUGGCGCGGUCAUACUUUCAACGGAAGAUGGCCCAGCCGUGGAUCGACAAUCGCUGUUCUACCGAUCCAAAGAGAGACCCGAAAUGCUAUGCAGGUCAAUACCGAGGAUUUAACGGUUUGCUGGCCAUAAGCAUAGUAGGUGACUCCCAGGCCAACCUGUCGGUGGUGUUCAACAACUGUCCAGGCUCCAAGUUGCCGUUACUGUUUUAUAAGAAAGACGUAUAUAGCUAUUUUGACCCGGAUGAGGAUACAUGGAAAAGGCAGUCCUCAUGGCCAGUGAGCUAUCAGCAGGUGCUACUUGCGUUCGAGGUUGAUGAAUUGACGAGCAAAGCAACAAAUCUUCGGUGGCAAUGGGACAUGGAUCUGGAGCCCGCUUUGUUCUGUCGGAUUGACUGA